UCAUUAAAAACAUAUAAACAAAAUAUUGCUAUUCCGUUUGAACAAAUAAGCCCUGAUAAUGACAACGAAGAGGAAUUUAUAUUAUCAGAUGAAAACACUGAUAAUAAUAAUAUUGAUACGGGAGAUACUAGGGAUAAUGAUCAUAUAGAAACAGUUAAUUGCGUAGAUGACUGGAAAGUAAUUGUAGAACGAUGGAUAAAUCUAACUGAAGAAGAAGAUGAGCAUAUGCAAUAUAAUUUAGCGAGUUCAGAUGAAUCAGAAAGUUUAACCGACUUGUAUGAAGAAGAAGAUGAAGUAAUGCACCAAGAUUUUUUAAUUCAUCCCGCAGAUAAUUUAGAAGCAAAAUGGAAAUUGACAGAUAUUUUUGCGGAUUUGUUAGUACAAUCUGAUUCUAUCCAUUUGCUUUUGG